AUGGGUCAUAAUAAAACUUUAACAAUAGAAAAUUUAAAUCCACGUAUACUUGAUGUUGAAUAUCUUGUCCGAAAUCCAAUCACUAUUCACGCUUAUGAAGGUAAUCAUAACUUCCCAUUUGAUCGUGUGAUUCGAACUAAUAUUGAUGAUUUUUAUGCUAGUGGUAAUCAAAUAUCUAUAACAUAUAUUCGACAAUUCGUAGCUGGUUGUACUUAUCCAGAAUUGAUGGAAUCACCGAAUUUCCCAUUAGAUAUCAAGCAAAAAGUUGAACGUUUAUUGUCUGCAUGUGGCGGAAAAAAUCUUGGUUCAUACAGUGAAACUCAAGGUAUUGUAACAGUACGUGAAGAUAUUGCAAGUUAUAUUCAACAACGAGAUGAUUAUCCAUCAGAUGCAAAUAAUAUUUAUCUUUGUCAAGUCCUUUCACAAGAAAAUAUUGAAAAUGCGAUUCGUUUUGCUAAUAAACAUCGAUUAUUUAUAUUGGCUGAUGAAGUUUAUCAAGAAAAUGUUUAUUUACCAGAUUCAAAAUUCGUUUCAUUUAAAAAGGUGCUUAUGAGUCUUAGUGCACCCUAUAAUCAAUUGGAAUUGGCUUCAUUUCAUUCAGCAUCAAAAGGUUGGUACGGAGAUGCAAUUUAUGCAUUUCCACGUAUUGAAAUUCCAAAAAAAGCAAUUGAAUAUGCUAAAUCAAAAAAUAUGACUCCAGAUGAAUUUUAUUGUUUUCAAUUACUUGAUAAAACUGGAAUAUGUGUGCUAUCUGGUAGUGACUUUAAACAACGGCCAGGAACAUAUAAUUUACGUACAACAUUUCUACCACCUAUUGAUCAAAUGAAAGAAAUGGUUGAAAGAUUUCGUACAUUUCAUAUGUCAUUUUUACAUCAGUGGAAAUGA